AUGAACGGUCUGUUCGCCACAGUCAAGCUUGCCUUGGUCACUUUACUGGCUUCGCAAAGUCAAUUCGCCAACGCCUUUCCGGCAUGGCAAUCUUUGGGCGGGCUAUCGGAGCGACAGUUGGACGAAGUUAUGCCGAUGCUGAAGCAUCGCGUUCCUCCACCUCCACCUGGCCCUCCGGCCUUUACUGGCGCUAAGCUCGUGAACGACAAGGCCCAUCCAUUCAAGCCUCUCAAAAAGGGCGACGUCCGUGGACCAUGUCCUGGAUUGAACACCCUAGCCUCCCAUGGGUACCUCCCCCGCAACGGUGUCGCCAGCCCAUCCCAGAUCAUUGACGCCGUCCAAGAAGGUUUCAACAUGGAGAACGAGCUGGCUAGGUUUACGACCUAUGUCGCUCACCUCGUCGACGGCAACCUUGUCACUGACUUGCUCAGUAUCGGCGAGAAGACGCGCAAGACAGGCCCCGAUCCUCCUCCCCCGGCCAUCGUCGGAGGUCUCAACAACCACGGCACCUUCGAAGGAGAUGCCAGUUUGACGCGAGGCGACGCCUUCUUCGGCGAUAAUCACAACUUCAACCAGGAGCUGUUUGACCAGUUCAAGAAUUUCAGCGCGGUGUACGGAAACGGCUUCUUCAACAUGACCGUCGCUGGGGAGCUUCGCUUCCACCGCAUCCAACAAUCCAUUGCAACCAACCCCGAGUUCUCUCUCGUCGGACUGCGCCAUCUCACCGCCUACGCGGAAGCCUCGUUCCCGUCUCUCUUCUUCGUCGAUGGGCGAAAGACAGGGGCCGAAGCAGGGCAGCUCGACAUGGCCACAGCCGAAAGCUUCUUCAGGGACAUGAUGUACCCUCCUGAUUUCUUCAGGCCUGCAGCGCCUGUUGCUGGAGAUGCGGGAGCCAUCUUCCUCGCUCACCCUUUCCAACCAGGAAGGAACGUCGGAGGCGUCAACAACUUCACGGUGGAUGACAGCUUGGGCAGUCUUCUCGAUUUCUGCGGGUUCUACGAGAACUUUGUCAACAAGACGCUCAAGGCACUGUACCCCAACCCCAAGGGCGUGUUGAGGAGGAAUCUCAAUAUCAACCUCCAGUUCUUCUUCGAGUCCUUGCCCAAGGACGAGAGCGGUACCCCUGUCUGCACCCAGGUGUUCCCCUACGGACGUAACUGA